CCAUGCUGCACAUCCUUGCUCUAUUCCUGGUGUGUGCAGGAGCCGCUGCAGAACCCCAAUGCAAGGUGAUUCCUGGAAAUCUGAAGCAGGUGGACGCUGGUAGUGGACAAGUGUGGGGUGUGAAUAAUGGUGGCAGCAUUUACCGCUAUGUGAGUAAUAACUGGCAGAAUAUUCCAGGAAGUCUCAUCCAUGUGUCGGUGGGCCCAGCUGGUGUUUGGGGGAACAACCAAAAUUACAAUAUCUACACGUACGUAAAUAACAAUUGGAUGCUUGUGUCAGGUCUCCUGAAGCAGGAGGAUGCUGGAGGGAACAAGUUUGUGGUUGGUGUCAAUUCGGCUAAUGCAAUUUACUGCCUGAAUCAGGGACAAAUAGUUCCCCCAGUUGCAAAUCCAACAUGGACAGGCUUAGAUGGGAGUCUGAAAUAUUACAGCUGUGGCCCCUUUGGCUGUUGGGGAGUGAACAGCAACAAUAAUGUAUAUUACCGCUACAACGUGAGCCCCACAAGCUGCCAGGGAACUCAAUGGCAGCUAGUAGAUGGCUAUCUAGUCAUGGUGGAAGUCGGCACUGAUGGCUCUGUGUAUGGUGUGAACUCAGAUGGAUAUGUGUUCUACAGGAAUGGUGUCACUUCUGCUAGUCCUACUGGAACAUCGUGGGCACUAGUAAAUUUUACUUUUAGUAUCAAGCACGUAUCCUAUGAUGCUGGUUACCUGUGGCUUCUCUCACAGAAUGGAGACAUCUUUAGGUGUAAAGUCAGUGGCUCGGUGAUCGUGAACAUCUGAUAACAGAGUAAAUACAUUUAUGACAGCAGAAUUAAAAUAAAUUCUCAAAUAAUGGAUUUAACAGUGUAAUAAAAGCGGUGUACCCAAAUAAA